AUGGCAGCGCGUGCUAACCCCAUCAUCAGCGCCACCACCACCUCAACGCGGGCGUUGCACAUAGCAUCGUCGCCUAUGCUUUCGCCGAAACUCUUCGGACCCUCUGGAGCGCGAGCCGCUCUCGAAGGUGCCGCGCGAGGGCAUGCCCAUCAUGCCUCCCCCCAUGAAUCUCCAAGUUCUCCCCAGAUCCCAAUGCGCCAGCGUUCCCUUAGCUUCGGUCCGUCGCACAGUCCGCCUGCGACUGGUCCACUUGUCCCGCUCCUCGACACGCGCACUCUGCGUCCGCUCAGGAAUCAGCACCCUAUCACCCGCCCUCCUGCUGCUUUACUAGGAAGGCCGAAGGCGGCUUCCUCACUCUACCGCCCUCCUUAUGUGAGUGACGAGCUCGCAGACCCCCAGAACGCAGUAGAUUCCGCCUACAAGAUCAUCGCCGCCACCGCGAAUGGAGGGACCGUCGGCAGCUAUAGCGGCAAGUUUUUCUCUCCCAUUGCCACCCAGAUGGUGUGCCCCCCUCCGCCGUCGACGCCCGAACCCGCCGUGAUCCGUGGGUCUGGCUUUAGCACGCGUCGUAGGUCAGCCCACCCGGGUAGGAUGGACCUCUCUUCCAUCGCUAAGGCGCAGCUUGACGUGCGCUUCGCGCGGGUGGCACCCUUCGGCUACGACGCUGAUGCUACUAUCCCUCAGAGCGUCUCCGUUGGGCUUGGUCUUGGAGCGAGCGCGGGGCAAGACGCGAGCUGGGGCCCCGAGUCGGACCUAGGGCUGGGUCUCGGCGCUGGACUGGGACUGGGGAUAUCUAGUGCAGCGUACACUGGACAAAGUCGUCGCUCGGUCAGUAUGCCCCGCCUUCGCUCUCGCGAGGGCAACCGCAGAGCAUCACCCAUCGAAGAAGAGCUUACCCACGCCGGUGACAACCAGCUCUCUCCCGAGUGGUCCACAGAGAGUCCCAGUUACCUGAGCUCUGCCACCCAGGAGCACCAACUCCCGCCUUCGGCGUCGAUGCCGACUCCCCCUCCUGAACAGGACAACGUCCCCACUGGCGCGAAGGCCGUCCUCAAGCCGACGCUGCCCGCCUUUUCUCCAUCGCCCUUGGUGAUAGGAUCGCCAGCGUUCCAAACUUUGGGCGCUACCGCCACCACCAUCAUGGGCGCAGACGGCGGUGCCUUGACCGAAGGUCGGACGCUGUCCAACCCGUACUUCCCCCGAGCCGCUGCCCCUGCUCUGUGA